UUCUGACUUUUGAAGAUGGAUGAAGGCUCAGAAGUUUCAACGGACGGAAAUUCCUUGAUCAAAGCUGUGCAUCAGAGCCGGCUUCGCCUCACUAGACUUUUGCUAGAAGGUGGCGCCUACAUCAACGAAAGCAACGACCGUGGGGAAACCCCUUUAAUGAUUGCUUGUAAGACCAAACAUGUCGACCAGCAGAGCGUCGGUAGAGCCAAGAUGGUUAAAUACCUUCUAGAGAACAGCGCUGACCCCAACAUCCAGGACAAAUCCGGGAAGAGCGCCCUGAUGCACGCGUGCCUGGAGAGAGCCGGCCCGGAGGUGGUUUCCUUGCUCCUCCAGAGCGGGGCGGAUCUCAGCUUGCAGGACCAUUCUGGCUACUCAGCCCUGGUUUACGCGAUAAAUGCUGAAGACAGAGAUACCCUGAAGGUCCUCCUUAGUGCUUGCCAGGCAAAAGGGAAGGAGGUCAUCAUCAUAACCACCGCGAAGUCGCCCUCUGGGAGGCACACUACCCAGCAGUACCUAAACAUGCCUCCGGCCGACCUGGAUGGGAGCCAUCCGCCGGCCACGCCUUCGGAAAUUGACAUCAAAGCAGCCUCGUUGCCACUUUCGUAUUCUUCUGAGUCGGACCUGACGCUUUUUGGCUUCAAGGAUAAGGAGUUGUCCGGGGGCAGUGAUAACGCCUGGGACCCAGACUCUCCUCGGAGGAAGCCUGUGAUGGCCCCUAACGGGCCCAAGCCCUCCCAAGCUCCGGCCUGGAUCAAGAGUACCCCAUCAUUGAAGCACCAGGCCAGAGUGGCCUCCUUGCAAGAGGAGCUUCAAGAUAUCACUCCAGAGGAAGAAAUAGCCUACAAAACAAGCGCGCUGGCGCUCUCUAAGCGCUUCAUCACCAGGCACCAGAGCAUCGACGUAAAAGACACUGCACACCUGCUCAGGGCCUUUGACCAGGUCAACUCAAGGAAAAUGUCAUAUGAUGAAAUCAAUUACCAUUCCUUGUUUCCAGAAGGAAACCAGACAUGCGUGGACAUUCCCACUGACCAGGACGCAGACUCUAAUCAGAUUUUUGCCUCCACUCUAAAGAGUAUAGUUCAAAAGCGAAACUCAGGGGCCAAUCACUACAGCUCUGAUUCUCAGCUCGCCGAGGGGAUCGCUCCUCCAACCUUAGAAGAUGGCAAAGCUGCAAAGAAAAAGAUCUUCGCGCCAUCUCCUUCCUUACUAUCAGGAUCCAAAGAGUUAGUGGAGACUGCCCCUCCGGGCCCCCUGAGCAGGAGGAAUCACGCGGUGUUGGAAAGGCGUGGCUCUGGCGCUUUCCCGGUAGAUCACAGUCUGGCGCAGAGCAGACCUGGGUUCCUGCCACCCUUGAAUGUGAAUCCUCACCCUCCCAUUACAGACAUUGGUGUCAACAACAAGAUCUGCAGCCUGCUUUCUUGUGGCCAAAAAGUGCUUAUGCCGACGGCCCCUAUUUUCCCGAAAGAAUUUAAAACCAAAAAGAUGCUGUUAAGGAGGCAGUCCCUGCAGACAGAACAAAUUAAGCAAUUAGUAAAUUUCUAAGAGACCAUUAGGAAACACAUUAUGUUCAAAUGUCUGUAUCAGAAAAACAUAGACUUAGAGAAGAAAUCCUAACUAUAUCCUUUUAAGUCUUAGCUAGUGCAUCGCAGCCAGGCAAAUCAAAAUAUAGUGUACUUUUUAUUAGGUACUGUGAGCACAGCUUAAUACAUAGCUUCUGAGGGAAUUCUAACAAAAUGAAAGCUGUUUUUCUCAAAAUGUCCAAUAUUUAUCGACUUUCUUGUGGUCCACAUAGUUUCAUCUAACCUAAACAUCACCAAGAAAGAAAGUUGCCUGUGUUAGAAACACUUUUCCACAUUUCAGAUUGGCUUCAUGUUCUGUUAUGAAACAAUGCUCUCAAAGUCAGUAAUUUUGCAGACACUUUUUGUCAACAAGGUUGUAGUUUUUCAUGUUGCCAAAACCAUCAAAGACAACACUGACAUCAGUAAAGCGAAACUACAAAGGAAGAAUGAAUGUAUCCUUUAAAAAUGUUGACUCAGGCAGGUAAAAGUCUGAUUAAAACUUUUAAAGCAUGAAAACUAGAUAGCCAGAGCCGUGUUCACCGUGGCUGCUGAGUCUGCAUCAGCAUGGCAGCUGUGGGACAGAGGAGAUGGCUGAUUGGCCAUGGCCCCCAGAAUGCACGUGACACCUACACAGGCGAGUGCAAGCAUCUAGUCCCAGCAUUCCCUGUGGGGGAGAUGGGCGGAGCCAGGAGAAUCCCCAGAAACACAUGGCUCAGAUAGUUUGUCUAUACUCAAGUAAAGAAACCCUGUCUCAAACAAGGGACCAAGGAUGACUGAUACCAAAGGCUGUCCUCUAACAGGCUGGCUCCCCAUCCUCCAAACUGUCAGGGCAAGCCAGCAAACCAUAAACCAAAUCCUGCUCUUUUGCACCAUACAUUGCUUUCAAGCAAACUUACCAAUCAUGUCAUCUUAUGGAAUUACUCCUGUUAUUUUUUAGUAUUUUAUCCAUAGGUUUCCAAUACCAAGAUAAUACAAAAAUUAGAAAGGAUUCACCCUGAAACACAUUAUUCUUGUCUUCCCAAAACAGAGCAGGGGAGCAGAAAUUUGGGACUGAACACAAAUGGGAAGUAAACGCUUGCUUCAUCUUAAAAAAGAAACACUGAUUAGUAGAUUAGUUUAGUUUAGCUAAAAUUACAAAAGCUAAGUAGAAACCUAAUCAUAAGGUGUAUUACAGGGUCACUGCUAACCAAUAUCUUUAUUUCUGAUAUGUAGUUAUUAGACAGUCAUAUAAAGAUAACGUCCUUGGUGUGACAUCUGGAUCAUCUAGUAUUUUAGGGUCUAUGAAUAACUUGUAACAAAAUACACAUUACUAUAAGAUAUUUAAAAAAUGACAAUAUUACCUACAUGACUUCAAAGCAUAGUGUUCAAAGAAUUCUUCACUCUGGCAGUUCUGAAGCAAAGACUAAGCGAAGCGCUAGAAAACCAAGGGUGUGAGCCUAAAGACACCCUCUACAGCUUCGUUUCUUUGCCCAACAGGUGGCAUGAGGCCUUUCUUGGUAAUUUGAUAUAAGCAUUUUGAAAUGUACAGAGAAAUUAUUUAAUUAUUUGUGGCUUUUAUUUUAAAAAAAAACUAAAUCGUAGGUUUUUCCAUUUAAUGUUUUGAAGAGACUAUUACUUACAUUAGAAAUAUUUUUUAUUCAGAAAUUAAAAUUGUACUGAUGUUUAUAAGUAGCUGAAUUC